CUCCUCUGACCAGUCUCUUCUCUCUAUACUCUCUCCGACAGAACAGCUGAUUGACUGAUUGUCUCUAGGGUUCCAAUCAGAUUAAUCUGCAACAAAAAAAAAAAAUGGCGUUGGGUGGUCGUAUCAGAUCCGGAAUCUCCUUCUUCAAGAACAUCUCCGUCUCUGAUGCUAGAUCUUACCCUCCUGGAGGCUCGCUUAUUAUCCCUUCGUUGAGAGAUUAUGCAACAGCUUCUGCUCAGAACACCGCCAAUGUUAAGGUUCCUAUUGCUUUAGUUGGUGAAUCUGGAAACUUUGCUUCGUGGCUGUACAUCGCAGCUGUGAAAAUGAACUCCUUGGAGAAGAUUGAGACUGAUCUUUCCGAGCUGGUUGAGGCUAUGAAGACAAGCCCUAUUUUUGCGCAGUUUACUAAAGAUCCCUCUGUUCCUAGAGAGACAAGACUCGCUGCUAUUGUGGAUGUUUGUGACAAAGCAAAGUUUGCUGAACCCACCAAGAACUUCCUCUCUUUAUUAGCUGAGAAUGGGAAGCUGAAGAACUUAGACGUGAUUGUGAAGAAAUUCAUGCAGCUGACAACAGCACAUAGAGGAGACGUCAAGGUUUUGGUUACCACAGUCAUGCCGCUGCCUCCUGCUGAGGAGAAGGAGCUUAAGGAGACACUUCAGGAGAUAAUUGGAGAAGGGAAGAAAGUAACUGUGGAACAAAAGAUUGAUCCGAGUAUCUAUGGAGGGUUAAUAGUGGAGUUUCAACAAAAGGUGCUGGACAUGUCUAUCAGGACAAGGGCUCAGCAGAUGGAGAGGCUCCUCCGUGAACCUGUUGACUUCACCAACCUCUGAAGAUUUUCCCCACUCAAGAAACAUAUGCUUUUGCAACCUGUUGACAAAUAAAUUAUAUAAACACUUUUGGAAGUUUGUUAUUUGCAUUUUACAAAUUGUUGUUCGCUUCAAAAUAAAGCUUUUGGAGAUUAUCAACCAACCAAUGA